CAACAGGGGGCGCUAAUGAUAGGUGGCCAACUUUUACACACGCCGGCUUCCGUAAAUCGCUUUCGGUCAGCUGUUUGUGACGAAUACUAUUCUGUUAUGUAUCUGUAUGAUUUGAGUGUUAGGAUACGUUGAAAGACUCACAUCAUGGACAGUUCCGACACCAGCGCUAUUCUUUCGGAGGACCCUUCAGAAUCGGACGAAUCCAGUAAACUCUGUUGUUGUUUUCGGGUGCCUGCGGGCUCCAGACCUCCGCCGUGCUCGUGCCCGUUUUCUGUGACAGUGGAGCCCGUGAUGUUUCUGUCUAUGUUCUCCAUCGGUCUCCAGAUGCCUCUAUACACGCAGUACCUGUGGGAUCGGAUCAGUGAAGAUGUAGGUUAUAAUGGCACAAAGGCAGGAGGCUGUAAUGCAUCGACUGUUCACGACCCUUUAGAGAAGGAAGUCCAGACACUGGUUGCCCACUGGAACCUGUACAUCAAUUUAGGUGGAUUUCUUGUUGGCCUGCUUGUGGUUACCUGUCUGGGCCCAUGGAGUGACCGCGCAGGUCGGCGUCUGAUUCUUAUCAUUCCGUCCUUGGGUUUGGCUGUUCAGGCAGCCGUUUAUCUGAUUGUGAUGUAUUUAAAGCUCCCAGUGUUCUGGUUCCUCAUUGGACGAAUUAUUAGUGGCCUCUCAGGGGACUUCAAUGCCAUUUUGGCGGGUUGCUUUUCUUACGUGGCCGACACGAGUGGCAGGAGCUCACGCACCUUCCGCGUGGCUAUACUAGAAGCUUGUCUUGGAUUGGCUGGCAUGGUUGCCAGCGUCAUCGGAGGACAGUGGCGUCGGGCGCAGGGGUAUAUCAACCCUUUCUGGCUGGUAUUGGCCACAAAUCUAGCAGCGGCCCUCUAUGCCUACCUCUUAGUGCCUGAAUCUGUUACUCGUGACCCGGAGGCAAGACUCUUCUCCACCAGGCACCAUCUGGCCGUUUACCGCCUCUACACAUCUGAUGAACCGCAGGGACGUAGGACUAACCUGUGGCUCUACACUUUCUCAUUCUUUUUGGUGGUGUCUGUACAUUUCGGAUGUAGAGACCUUUAUGUGCUCUAUGAGUUGAGUGCUCCGCUUUGCUGGGGUCCUGAGCUGAUAGGAUAUGGCUCCGCAGUCCUGCAGCUGACGUACCUCACCAGCCUGAUAGGACUCAGGUCCAUGCAGUGCUGUCUGGAGGACUCUUGGGUAGCUUUGGCGGCUCUGACCUCAAACAUCAUAGGCUUGAUAGUGAUUUCAGUCGCUGGCACCACAGCUCUAAUGUUCACAGGAUAUGGUCUUUGUUUUCUUUUUAUGGCCUGUACUCCAGUGCUGAGAUCUAAACUGUCCAAGCUGGUGGACCCUUCAGAACAAGGGGCUCUGUUUGCAUCAGUGGCGUGUGUUGAAGGUCUGUGCUCACUUGUAUCUAGUGGGGUUUUUAACUCCUUGUAUCCGGCUACCUUACACCUUAUGAAAGGUUUCCCCUUCAUCUUUGGGGCUUCGAUUCUCUUCAUUCCAGCAGGAGUUAUUGGGGGCUUGGGUUACCAGGAGAAGAGGAGAAACAGCGAAAGCUCUGGGAUAUCCUGAUAAAUUUCUACUGUAGGCAGCACAAGACUGUGACCACAGCUGGGAUUCUAACAGAAUCAAGCUGACUGCCAUUAAGGAACACAAAAAGUAGACUUCCACAUGAUAUCAAUUAAAAUUCAACUGUAUGUGUGUCUAAAUUCAUAUAUUUUAUGUUUUUCACAUUUUUUACUGAAAAAAAAACGUAUUUUUAUAUCUUUUGAAUCAUAGAUUUUUAAAUCAAAUGUGAUGUUGACAGAUAUUUCAGUAUUAAUGCUCUUAAUAUGUCAAAUGAUGUGAAGUCAAAAGAUGUAAAAACAGAUGCAAAGUUAACAUUUCCUUCUUUUGAAGGGUAGUUUAUUUUAAAUUAAAAUGGUGAUUAUCAAAAAUAUAUUAUACAACAUGCAAUACUAGAUAUCAGGUGACCACUUACAGCAUCAGCCUGUGAUCUUUGACUUGACAUUCUGUGAUUAUUAAAAAGCCAUGUGUCAAGCUUUUUUUUAAUGCUUCCUGUUUAUCUGAAAGUGCCAUGAGAAACCUUUUCUGUAAACAAGAAUACUUACAUCCAUUGUAACGUGCACACGUUUGAGAGAAAUGGAAAAUAAAGGGAUGUUUUACAAAAA